GGCCGCCACCGUGUUAUGGGCCUGCGCUACUGCCUCGACGGCAAUAAUAUGUCAGGACAACGCCAUCUCCCCCCUGAAGUCGGGGAGCAGCCUCCACAGCCAGCCUUGGAGGCCCCAGGGCCAGCUGCCCCCGGUGCUGGGCCUGGCCCAGCCGAAGAGAUGGAGACCCAGCCGCCUGCCAGCGAGCCCGUCCCCGCACAGGCUGGCGCCGAGGCCUGUGAACCCCCUGAGGUCUCCGGGGGCACCCUGGAGGGCCUCGCCGUGGCAGCUGACCAGGAAUUCGGAGGCGAUGGAGGCUACAGCCCACCUCCCGAGGAAGCCAUGCCUUUUGAGGUCCAGCAGCCCAGCGUGGGAGGCUUCUGGCCCACCCCAGGGCCCAUCGCAGGCCUCGAGGCCUCUGUGGAUCCCGGAGUCUCGGGCAGUGCCGGGCCUGGCCUGGGAGGCUACAGCCCCCCACCAGAAGAAGCCAUGCCCUUUGAGUUCGAGGAGCCUGCUGGCCAGGGAGGCUGCAGCCAGCCAGCAUCGGGGGUCCCCGACCUCGCUCCCGGUGGCACAGACCUGGGGGUCCCUGGAGCUCCUCCCGGGAAGUCCGGGGCGCUCAGGCCUGCCAGCGCUGGCCUUGGAGGAGGCUAUAGCCCUCCCCCCGAGGAGGCUAUGCCAUUUCAGCUUGAUGGAGAGGCCUUUGGGGACGACAGCCCACCCCCCGGGCUCCCCCGAGCGCUCCCACAAGUUGCCAACGGCGACGGUGGCAGCAGCGCGGCAAUCGCGGUCCCGAGUGCGGUCUGCCUCGCUCCCGCCACCGACGCGCCACCCCUCUGGGUCCCAGAGGCUGUCAGAGCUGCUGCUAACUUCGCGGGCGCCAGCCCCCCGAUGGAGAUCGCCGGACCCCCGCUCGAGAUGCGCAGCGCCCCCGUCGGGGUCGACGACGCUCCCGUCAGCAUGGACAGCCCCCCAAUCGCGAGUGAUGGCCCGCCCAUCAAGGUCUCCGGAGCCCCAGAUAAGAGGGAGCGCGGCGAGAGACCCCCAGUUGAGGGAGAAGCAGCCGAGAUGGAAGGAGGCUCGGUCAGCGCCUCUGCGGAGAAAGGAGAAGUCCCCUCUCCGGGGGACGGAGCCUCGGGCGCCCCAGCUGGGGCCGCUCCCGCCGCCGGAGCCGCUCCCGCCGCCCCGGCGGAGCCCGAAGCCGGGGGAGCCCCGGCCGCUCCUGGCACUGCGGCCGCCGGGGCAGCCCCGGCCGAUGCCGAAGCCGACGCCGACACCCGCGCAGCCCCCGGCGCCGCAGCCGCUCCUGAUGCCGGGGCAGCCCCUGCCGCCGGUGGAGCCCCUGGUGCCCCGGCCGAGCACGCCGCAGCCGCCGGGGCCCCCCAGGCAGCCCCCGCCGCGCCUGCCUCCGGGGCCAGACGCAGGCUCCAUCUGCUCAGACCCCCCAGCCCCGAGAUCCAGGCUGCUGACCCGCCUACUCCGCGGCCUGCUCGCGCGGCUGCCUGGCGGGGCAGAGCUGAGCGCGGCCGAAGCCGCCGCCGCUACGACGACGAGGGGUCGACCAGCGGCGACGCCGACUCCUCCAGCGGGGACGAGUCCGAAGAGCGGGCCGCCGGCUGCUUCCACUGGUUCCAGCGCCGCACACGCCGCCGCCGCAAGCCCCAGCGCAACUUGCUCCGCAACUUCCUCGUGCAGGCUUUCGGGGGCUGCUUCGGUGGUCGAUCUGAGAGCCCCCAGCCCAAGCCCGCGAGCCCCAGCAAGGCCAAGAAGGUUUCUCUGGCAGAGAAGCGCCGACAGAUGCGCAGGGAGGCCAUGGAGAAGCGCGCCCAGAAGCGCGCCGAGAAGAAACGCAGCAGGCUCAUCGACAAGCAGCUGCAGGCCGAGAAGAUGGGCUACAUGUGCACUCACCGCCUGCUGCUUCUAGGUGCUGGAGAGUCUGGUAAAAGCACCAUCGUGAAGCAGAUGAGGAUCCUGCAUGUUAAUGGGUUUAAUGGAGAGGGCGGCGAAGAGGACGCGCAGGCUGCCAGGAGCAACAGCGAUGGUGAGAAGGCAACGAAGGUGCAGGACAUCAAAAACAACCUGAAGGAGGCCAUCGAAACCAUCGUGGCCGCCAUGAGCAACCUGGUGCCUCCGGUGGAGCUGGCCAACCCUGAGAACCAGUUCAGAGUGGACUACAUUCUGAGCGUGAUGAACGUGCCCGACUUUGAUUUCCCUCCCGAGUUCUACGAGCACGCCAAGGCUCUGUGGGAGGACGAAGGAGUGCGGGCCUGCUACGAGCGCUCCAACGAGUACCAGCUGAUUGACUGCGCCCAGUACUUCCUGGACAAGAUUGAUGUCAUCAAGCAGGCCGACUACGUGCCCAGCGACCAGGACCUGCUGCGCUGCCGUGUCCUGACCUCUGGAAUCUUUGAGACCAAGUUCCAGGUGGACAAAGUCAACUUCCACAUGUUCGAUGUGGGCGGCCAGCGCGACGAGCGCCGCAAGUGGAUCCAGUGCUUCAACGACGUGACUGCCAUCAUCUUCGUGGUGGCCAGCAGCAGCUACAACAUGGUCAUCCGCGAGGACAACCAGACCAACCGUCUGCAGGAGGCGCUGAACCUCUUCAAGAGCAUCUGGAACAACAGAUGGCUGCGCACCAUCUCCGUGAUUCUGUUCCUCAACAAGCAAGACCUGCUGGCUGAGAAGGUGCUGGCUGGGAAAUCCAAGAUUGAGGACUACUUUCCAGAAUUCGCUCGCUACACUACUCCUGAGGAUGCUACUCCCGAGCCCGGAGAGGACCCACGCGUGACCCGGGCCAAGUACUUCAUCCGCGACGAGUUCCUGAGAAUCAGCACCGCUAGUGGAGAUGGGCGCCACUACUGCUACCCUCACUUCACCUGCGCUGUGGACACGGAGAACAUCCGCCGCGUGUUCAACGACUGCCGUGACAUCAUCCAGCGCAUGCACCUGCGUCAGUACGAGCUGCUCUAAGAGGGAACCCCAGAUUUAACACAGCCUUAAGCACAAUUAUUAAAAAUUAAAUGUAGUUGUACAGCAGUUAAUCACCCACCAUAGGGCAUGAUUAACAACGCAGCCUUUCCUUUCCCCCGAGUGAUUCUGAAAACCCCCUUCCCUUCCGCUUGCUCAGAUAUUCCAAAUUUAGAAAGCUUAAGGCGGCCUGCAGAAAAAAAGGCCACAAAAGUUCCCUCUCUUUCAUUAAAAAAAUUAAUAGCAGCAGAAAUAAAGAAUUAAAUGAAGCAAAUGAAGCAAAUGAAAUGAAUAUUGUAUCGUGCAGCAUUAAAAAAUCAAAAUAAAAAUUAAAUUGAGCAAAGGA